UGCCUAACUGAAUUUGCCUAGUCCGUUUAUACCGUAGUAGAACAUAUACAGUUUUUAUUUUUACUUUUGUUCUGAAUUGCCUGAGAUACCAUGCCAACAAGUACAUAUACUUCCGGGGGACAAUUGCAGUGCUAAAGUGAUUCUUAACUUUUAAUUUCAAAUACUUCAAUUAGCUCUAAUUGCAUAUUGCACGACAAAGUAAACUAGUCUAAUUUAUAGCAGUUAAAAACAACUAAAGACCAGAAAUAAACGAUAACUUAUAAUUAGGUUAGCCACUAUAAGAAAGCGUCGCCCGGCAACGAAAAAAAGAACCGAAUUAAAUUAACGACGUGAAUCCAGAAUUGAACUAUUAAAUUAUGAUCCAAUGUCUCAGUCGCCGGGCAUUUGAUGGGUUUAGUAUCGGUUUCUCCAUUACGGCUCGAGAAUAUAUUAGAUUAAUCCGCCGCGUCUAGCAGAGAUCGUUGUUGUGUGCCUCCGCUAAUAAAAUAUAGGGCUUAAAAAUGGAUAGAUUUAAUUAGUGAUGAGCGCAAACCUGAUUUCCGGACAUCACAAAUUAAAUGUUAUGUGUAAGUUGGACGCCCAAAUGUCCGCCGCUAGCUAAAUAUAGUGUUAUGAAACGAAAUGGAGUGGAAUUUUAUAUUUAACGUCAUCAAAAGAAAAACUUUGUAACAUGACGUAUCAGGAUAUUCUGAUUCGUGAUAAUUCUUCCACAAUUUUGAGAUUCUUUGUGUGAUAUUCUGAAAUGGGAUUAUUUUGAUAGAAUUAUGCUCAUUUUUUUUUUAAAGCAUUGGAAAACUAUGUUGUUUUUUUUUGUGCUGUGUUGAAUUUUAUUAAAAAAAGUGAAUGUUAAUAAGCAUUCAGUGUGUUGUGUGUGCCAGACAGGGGGCAUCGUGGCACAAGUCUUGAUGACACAUGCCCUCAAAGAAGUGUGCACCAGGAUUUGAUAUUUCUGCGAACAAGAAACGAACCAUUUUCGAAGACUUUGUGACAUUGUUCCCGUGCUAGCGACUUUGUCGCCGCGAUUUGCGUCGAAUUCCAAAGUACUUUAAGUACAGCAUGGAUUACUCGUACCUGAACCAAUCCAGUUUUGACGCAGCCAACUGCGGACUCACCGGCAUGGAUUCCGGACUGGGUAACCCUUGUAGCAUUCCGUGCUCCUACCCGGACACGGCCAAUAUGUUCUCCCAGAUGGGCCAAGGCUACGGCAGGUACAAUGGAGUCCGAUCUUUUCCAACCAUGGGCGCGAACCCCCCAGGCCUGGGGCCUGCAGGAAGCUGCAGCAUGGUGCCCCGCCCUAGGGAUCAUCACACUCAGCCCCCAGUCUUUGGUUCGGAUAACGACUCUCGGUACAGACAGCCGUACACACCAUCACACUCAUCGUCUGGACUACAUUUAUUGGGUCUUCCCUACAAGAUGUACCAGCACAGCCACGACAGCUCAGUCAGCCCAGAGAAGCGGAAGCAGAGGAGAAUCAGGACGACAUUUACAAGCGCCCAGCUGAAAGAACUGGAGAAAGCCUUCGCUGAGACACACUACCCAGAUAUUUACACCAGAGAGGAGAUUGCAAUGAAGACAGACCUGACAGAGGCCAGAGUGCAGGUUUGGUUCCAGAACCGGCGAGCCAAGUUCCGAAAGAUGGAAAGAAUGAAACAGUCUCAGUCUAACUCCAACAGUUCGGCUGUCAAACAGGAGCCCAACAGCUCCAGCGGCGGCAGCAGCAAUGGCAGCAACAACAGCGGCAACAGCAGCAAUAACAACGGCGGUAGCGGUGGCAGCGCCAACAACAGCAAUAAUAACAACUCUUCUACAAAUAACAACAAUAUUAGCAACGGUGGCAAGGAGAAGGUCAAGUCUUCGUCCCAGAUCGAGGAAUCUCACAAUAUGUACAGCAGACCAGUUCAGGUGCAUUCAAGCCAAGACUCCAAGUGGACAUCUUCAGUGACCCAUAACUCCCAGGUCCACAGCAAACAGCCCCACAACGUGCCGCCCCCGUCAUUGCACGGACCUUUCUCUGGAAUCCUCGGCGUCCCAGGGCACGACUACCACCCCGUCAACUCCCUGGACAAGAAUACGCCUCUGUCUAGCGGACUCCUGUUUUAACCGUCUUCAACUUUCUGAAGCUUGUCAUAAACCUAAAAAACUGGACAGCCGCUUUGGUCUUCCGGGCUGACCUUCGUAUGAACUCAGUUCUGCAAACACAAAAGACUCAUUAACUCUAGUUAAUGUGUAAUCGUUACAAACUAUUCAAAGGAUUAAUCCACAUUUUGUUUUUCUUCUUUGGCGUAUUGAUAUCUAGAAUGUGAAUGUUUUAUUUCGCUGAAAGUGUACCUACACUUCAAUUUCUACGAAAAAUUAAAAAUGUGGAAUGGAUGCUGCAAUACUUUAAAUGUAUCGCUAUGGCAGACAAGCUAGACUGCUUUAUUGAAUGGAUUUUUAUGAUUCAAUAACAUCGUAUCCACAAAUUCAAUAAACGGAAGAUUUAUUAUGGUUCAUAAUAGGGUCAAAUUUUUGUUCUGACAAUUUAAGACUGUUUAACGAUGCUUGAUUGAAUAAAGUAUUUAACUGAUUAUAAUAUAUAUAUAUUAUUAUUAUAUAAUAUUUAUAAUAUUUAUCAGAAAUGAUUAAUGCUUUAGUAAAAUAAAUCUACUUCCUGGGAUGCCUCAGUUAUUAUAAUAAUUAUAAUAAUGUCGAUAUACUUUGACAUGGCUCACUGAGAUAAAGCGCAUGGACCCACUGAACAAAACCAUUGAACAAUCUCUGUAUUGGUAACAUCAUUUGAGGCUUUAUUUGAAGUUCAUAGCAGAAAAUUCUUUCCUUGUAUUAGAAAGAUCAAAACCGAAAAAUACACUAAUCGUCUGAACACAGCAUACAAGACAAUCUGUUACGUAUGAGAAGUAUGCCAGAGAUAAUUGGAGUGACCUAUAUCUACUAGAUUUAGGAAGUCCAUUGCUUGCUCGGAGCAAUUUUUGAGCUGUCAAUUCCCGCCAUUUUCCAGCAGACGUCGUGAGAUGU